AUGGCGCGAAGCAGAUCGAGCAGGUCGCGCUCGCGCUCGCCUGGUGGCUGGAGAUGCCUCCGGCAAGGCGAGGUGCAAGGCAGCUCCCCAGAGGUCCGGACUCCGACUGAAACAAGGCGCCGGACUGCUUUUGUCAGCUUGGCCACAGAAGACUAUGGACGGGGUGCACUGGUGAUGUCUGCGAGCAUGCGAACCCGACUGCCAGAAGACGUGGACGUGGUCGUCUUUAGCGAUGCAGAGCUGGCAGUGGUGCCAGGUGUCUCUGUGCGUGAGUUGGAGGACCUCCCAAAAGUAUCCCCACCGCAGCAAGCAGGCGAACCGCUGAUGCCACAUUUCCGGUUUUGCUGGCGCAAGCUGGGCCUCUGGGCUCUGGAGGAGUAUGAUGUCAUCUUCUAUCUGGACUCGGACAUGUUGGCAGUGGGUGAUGUUGCCGGGUUGUUGGACUUCCUGCCAGAAGAAGGGCAGUUGGGUGCCGUGCCUUCCUGCGAGUGUUGGCGGUCGGAAUCCUGCAACUACACCUUGGGGCCGAGAGAAGGCCUCUACGUCAACGCAGGGCUGCUUUGUUUCCGACCGAGUAUGCUGGAGCUCGGCAAGAUGAGAGAAGCGCUGGCAAACUGGACUUUCUCAGAGCGAGAUGCACAGCCGAAUGCCGCCCACUUCUUCCCAGAAGCAAUGCCAUUUGCUGAACAAGAUUUUCUCAACAGCUUCUUCCGUGGGCGGAUACGACCCUUGCCAUCGGCCUUCAACGCGCUCCAGCAUGCCAUGAAGAAUCCAAAGCACAUGGCGGCAUUGGAGCUUGAAAAGUGCCGAAUCCUGCACUAUGUCAUGGGGAAGCCAUGGGAGCGUGCGAGCAGAGUGGACGAGGAUGUUGCGGAUCUGCGCGCGCUCUGGUGGCAGGCGUGGAAGGACAAUGCUUCGAAGGCUUGCCUUCAUCCGCGCUGGGAACGGCAUCGUGUACACGCCGCUCUCCCCCUUUUUCUGGUGAAGGACUUCGUGAACGUGGAGGGGGAGGCCUCCCUGAUCUCCGAGAUCUACGGGGAGGAGUUGAAGGCACACGGCCUGGGACGCUACGCCAGAAGCGAGAGAUCUGCAACUCAGGGAAGAUGGACGCAGCUGAGACGGCGACGCCUCAUGUGCCUCGGAGGUGUGCCUCAUCCAGACGGGGCCAUUUGUGAAGACCUUCCCCCAGCCAUCUUCCAACUUGGAUCAAACCUCGUCCGGGUGGGUGCCACGGAAGGACCGCCAAAUCAGUGCUUCAUCAACCACUACAGUCCCGGUGAGGGCAUCGAUGCUCAUUGUGACGGGCCACAAUUUCAUCCGGAGGUGGCGAUCCUCACUCUGGAAGGCCCCGCGCUGCUGCACUUUGGUCUCGUGGAGAAGAAGGCGUACCUGCAUCUUCCUCCUCGCUUCGAGGUGCUGCUGGAGCCCAGAUCCUUGCUUGUGAUGAGGGGCGAGGCGUACAACCUCUAUGUGCAUCGCAUUGAUCAUGCGGAGGCAGAAACUACAAGGGAUGGUCUCGAAGUUCAGCGUGCUCGGCGAAGAACGUCCUUGACCUUUCGACGCCUGGCGCACGUGAAGUUGGAGAGCAAGGAUGUGAAGGGCGAGGCUGAGAGACUUGGCCGACAGGCUCAGUGGCGCUGGUUCGCGACCCAGCUUAGCGAGUUCGAGGUGGAGGAGCUUCGCUGUCAGCACGCUCUGAAGGUAGCGGAGCUCGAGCGCGCGAGACGAGAGCAGGUCGAUGAGCUGAAGCGGUCAAACGCGGAGGAGUCAGACCAGCUCCGCUCGGCCUUGGAGUCAGCUCGAUGGCAGGCGGACGUGUACGUUCGGGAGCAUCAGGAGGCUGUUCGAGAAAUCUGCCUGAGGCAGAGGGAGAAUGCUCGCUUGGCAAAGAAGCACAGCGAAUCACGGCAAGAAGCCCUCGAACUGGCCGUUCGCCUCGAAGCGCUGAAGGCGGCCGAGGAACCACGGGACUUACACAAUAUCUUUUUCUCCAGCAUUUUCGAACAGCCGCAAAAGUCUCAGCUGCCGUGCUUUGCCAUGGCUGUCGAGGAGGCUGACCCAACAGACAAGCACACCGGGACCCUGGACAAUAACGUGGCUAUGCAGACCGAUGGUGUAUCCGGCUCAAAGAAGCCAAGCUCGCAAGGCUACCCGCACACCACACCCACUCAGAAUUGCAAAAUGGCGCUGGUCGAAGUGACCAAAGUGACCAAAGAAGCUUCCGCCACCAGUCGGCCGGAUCCUGAGGACGAAGCUACGACCGCGAAUUACGCAGGUCCCUUGGAUGUGUCCAUGUCGGAUGCAGUGACGGAAGACACUGCGCCAGGGGCAGAGACCGAAACGCCACAGGAAGACAAGAAUCUCCCGGCCCAGUUGGUGGAGCCAAACCGCCAGGAGGCCAAGACGUGUCGCGGAGACGCCAGUCCACUCGAAUCAUUGCGUCGAGGUCAGCCAGAAAGUCAGCUGACUGCUUGCUUCAAUCUGCCCGAUGUGACGGAGACCUUGGGGGCGGCCUGCUGCGACCCGCCACUGCUUGGGCGGCUCGGCAUGGCAGAUGUCACCUUGCACCGACUCAUCUUCUCCCGCAGCUUCGCUGAACGGCGGGCGCAGGACUUCUGCGAGAAUGGCAUGAUUUGGGCAUCAGGGUGCACCAGCCUCGAACAGCUACAGAUCGGCCUCAGCGUCUCGGAGGUCUGUGCUUCAGAUAGCCAGAACCAUCUGUACUUCGAGUACGGAGGUGGUGUGAACCUUCUGGAGGAGACGAAGCAGCUGGUCCAUGCAGCUGCGCUGUUUGCUCAGAAACACCCUCGAUUGCGACUGCAUGUAGAUGCGCAUGCAGGGGUUGGUGCACCCCGGGGAAUCGCCACCAGCACCUCGCGCCGACGCGCGGAGUGUGUGCAGACCGAGCUUGUUGCUCUUGGGGUGGACCAAGAGAGAGUCUCCACCACUUCUUGGGGAAGGAGGGUCGCAAGUGUUUGGUCUGAGCCAGAAGGUAAUGCGGCUGCUCGAGCCGAGCUGUAUUUCCGUCUGGGCGAGAAGGAGUUUCCGGUACGGCCGGAUCACUACCAAGACGUUCCAGAGGGGAACAAAGGCGACUCACCAGACUCUGACUCUGACGGCGAUCAUCCGAACAUCAGACGGCAGCGCAUGCUCGCCAUGCUCAGGGCUUUGGGAUAUCCUGUCCAAAUUGUUUAUCGAAAUCCUGAGAACGCUGGCGCACCUGCAAGGCAAGCCGAGCUACAGGCUGUGCGACAUCGCUACAACCUGCUGCUGCAAACUGCGGCGGAAUGGCGGGAGGCGUUGAUACGGAAGCAGGGCGACUGCGACCUGUGGCGGCGGCGAUCGGAGUCCAAGGGACUCGCAGUGCGCCGCGACGAUGCAGAGCUUCAGGCUGAAAUCCAAAGCUUGGUUGCUGCACCGGCGUUCAGUCCUCCACGACUCGGCUACUGGGGAGAGGCUUUUGGCGGCGACAGACCGACAACGCAGACGACGAGUCAUAUCGGUCAGGAUGACAGUCGGAGUGCCGCCUCCUGGGCCGGUUGGAUGCGCACACCCAACAGGCGAACAGCGCCCCUGCAGUCACCUUUGUGGAGACGUCCAGCUCGCAGAGGGAGGUCGCUUGAGUCUUCCAGGCUCGGGCUUCCUGUCUCCGGGCCACGUUUGGAUGUGACUCCACGCUCGCCGUCUCCUCACCCAGCAGGGGAGCUCCUGCUGCGACUUGUGAUUGUGUGGCUGGUGCCAGGCGGCGCGCUCGCUGCCGGGGUCACUCCUGACUUGCUCACCAGCCUUCUGUCCAUCGGCGCGACCCUUUGCGAAAUCUGGAUAUGGCUUUCAGCGCUCACAAGCUCCAAGCGUCGAUCGCCUCCUUGGCGAAGCUUUUUCCUGCGACUUGCAGGCUUGUGCACGCUGCAGCUGUGGUCGCUGCUGCUUCAUGAAAGCAUGCGGCCCGACGACUCAGACCAGCCUGCCGAGCCCGUCCAGUCUGAGAAGCCUGCGAAUUUUGAUGCUCCCAUGAUGCGAGGUUCGAAGGCAAAGUCCAUGGUGGUGCCACCAAAGAUGUCGGCACCAUCCCCUUCACCUCGGCCCCUUGCAGCUGUGGAGGUUGAGACUCCACGGAUAGCACGCGCCUCGCUGGCAGCUGUCGGUGAGGGUAACUUCGUGGUAGAUGCAGAGCCGGAAGACCUGAAGUGGUCGCCACGCACCAUCUCAGUCGUGCUCCCAUGUGCAGAAGAGCGAGAUUUGGCAUUCAAAACCGUGAAGUCUGUCUUCGACGAGACUCCGACUGACAUUCUGCAUGAGAUCGUCGUUGUUGAUGACGGCAGUAAUCCUCCGCUUUCUGAGACACACCUCAAUUCCGACGUCCAGAAGAAGUACAAGAUCUUGAUCAAGAGACACGAUCGGACGGUGGGGCUGAUCGGUGCCAAGAAGACUGGUGGAGAUGCUGCAACUGGCGACAUCAUCGUCUUCUUCGACU